AUGUGGAUUACAGACGCCUGCAAGGCUGUCGUCUUGUCCUUUGUGGCGGUAUUUCACUACCCGUCCGUCUCCAACGAGGGGCCGCAUCAAGAUGUCAUGACCUUCACCCACGGUCACUCCACACCAGAGAUUGACUACCCAUAUUUCGAAUCACCAAGUGGCCCUGACCAGGAUGGCAAGGUCUUCACGUGCAACUACACUGAUCUCAAGGGCUGGAAGCCAUGCACAACUAAAGAUGAUCGCUCGUGUUGGUUGAAGGGUCCAUACGGGCAGAACUUCACAACCAAAACAGAUUAUGAGAACUUCUGGCCUAUUGGAAUCACAAGAGAGUAUCACCUCAAUGUCACUGAUCAAUCCAUCAACGGCGAUGGUGUCGAUAACCCAUUUGGCAAGGUCUUCAAUGGCAAGUAUCCCGGCCCUUGGAUCCAGGCCUGCUGGGGCGACUUGAUCAAGGUCACUGUCCACAACCAUCUCAAGUACAACGGUACAACCAUUCACUGGCAUGGUCUACGUCAGCUUGAGACCUUUGAGAUGGACGGUGUCAACGGCGUUACUCAAUGCCCUAUUGCUCCUGGAGACAGUUAUACUUACACCUUCCGUGCUGUGCAAUACGGUACAUCGUGGUAUCAUAGCCAUUAUUCUCUGCAGUAUGCUGAUGGCUUGGCUGGCCCUAUCACUAUUUACGGGCCUUCUUCUGCUCCAUUCGAUGAGGGACGAAACCCAAUUCUUAUCACAGAUUGGAGUCACCGCAGUGCAUUCCAGUCGUGGCAGAGAGAGUUGGUGCCGAAUCCUACAAGACCUAUGAUGAAUGGUGUUCUGAUCAAUGGCGUGGGGAACUUUGCUGGUAGUUUCCCUCGCGAGCGAUUCAACAUGACAGUUACCAAGGGCAAGAAGUAUGUUCUUCGUGUGAUCAACACUUCCGUCGACACAACAUGGAUCUUCAGCAUUGAUAAUCACAACUUCACUGUUAUGUCGACCGACUUUGUGCCGAUCCAACCUUACUCAGUAUCUCACCUUGUCCUAGGAAUCGGUCAGAGGUACCAUAUUGUCCUUGAUGCCAAUCCCACCAACACCACGAAAAUGCCUGCAAACCCAGACGGGAACUACUGGGUCCGAACCGUUGGAGCAACUGGCUGCAAGGGCUUCGAGCCGGGUAAUGAGCCCGAUGAGCGACAAGGCAUCCUACGGUACAAUGCAUCAAGCAAACUUGUUCCGACAACAUUCCGGGAGAAUUACUCUUUGGAAUGUCGAGAUGAGGCCUAUGAUCGACUCAGCCCAGUCUAUGAGUGGAAUGUUGACAAGGUCAAGAUCAACUACACCAAGAGCCAGUUCGAUAUUGGCCUGUCCAAGUUUGCUCACAGGCCCGAGCUGAUGGACAAUUUCACCUGGUGGGCCUUUGGCGAGAACCCACUCUGGCUCAACUUCUCCAACCCUACCAUCCUGAACCUCAAGAACACUACAUGGAAUCCUGACUACGCCGUUGAUCUCGUUGUACCUGACGAGAAGAAGGAUAAAUGGGUCUACAUCGCAAUCACAGCACCUCCAGCUCCGAUGAAGACCAAGCCCAACAGAGCUUUUGCUCCUGUUGCUCAUCCUCUUCAUCUUCACGGCCACGACUUUGCCCUUCUAGCGCAAGGUACAAACUUCUCAGACCUGGACACAGGCAAGGUGAACCUUAAGUUCGACAACCCUCCUCGUCGAGACGUGGCACUUCUUCCAGCUGGAGGAUAUCUUGUCGUUGCCUUCAAGGCUGACAACCCUGGUUCUUGGUUGUUCCACUGCCAUAUCGCAUGGCAUGCAUCUAGUGGUCUGGCCAUUCAGAUCCUGGAACAACAGAAGUUGCUGAAUAGGAUCUUGGACCAGUAUCCUGAGAAGAUGAAGGAGGUGAACAGGGUCUGCGAUAACUGGAAUAAGUGGUUCAAGAAUGAUACGAACCUCUGGAAUGCCCAUAUCUUCCAGGAUGACUCGGGUAUCUAA